AUGGAUAGCAUGUGUCAUUGUGCACCCAGCAGCGACAGGUUUUCGAACCCUAUCCUGUACAACAUCCUGAGCCAAAUGGAUAACAGCAAGCCAAAACAAAACUGCUUAAACUACAAUUCAAUACCCCACCGAUGCAACUGUGAGCUGCGAAGGACAGUGUGCUUGAAAAGACCCUCCGAGGUCUGCAAAGAAGCGUCAGCAGUUCUGGUUAAGACUGUCCAUUUCAUGAAGAACUUACCUGCUUUUAACCAGAUGCCACCAAAUGACCAGUUCAUACUUCUCAAAAGCUGCUGGGCACCGCUCUUCAUCCUGGGUCUGGCCCAGGAGCAAGUGAACUUUGAGGUGACAGACACACCUGCUGACAGCAUGCUGAAAAGGAUUCUCCUAAACCGCCAGGAGAGCCCCGAUAUGGAGAGGAAGCAACCCACCAUGUCUGGGGUCAGCAAACUUAGAUCCUGUCUUAAAAAGUUUUGGAGUUUGGAUUUGAGUCCAAAGGAGUAUGCAUACCUCAAAGGGACCACGAUAUUCAAUCCAGAUGUUCCAUAUUUAAAGGCAGCUGUGUUUGUGGAAGGCUUGCAGCAGGAGGCUCAGCACGCCCUCAGUGCGAUGGUCCAGCUCCUUCACCCAGGGGACCAGGAGCGCUUUGCUCGGAUCCUCCUCACAGCCUCCAUGCUGCAGAGCAUCACACCCAGCCUCAUCACUGAACUCUUCUUCCGGCCCGUGAUAGGCCAGGCUGAUCUGCUGGAGCUGUUGGUGGACAUGCUCUUCUGCAGAUAG